AUGAAACACAGUGAGAAGAUAACGUUUGCUGAAUUCCACCAGAAACUCCUAAAGUAUUGUUCCAACGGUGCUCAUUGUGCUGCGGAAGAGAAAGAUAUUCGUUCACGCUUUGAACAACUGAUUGCGCAAAGAGAUGAAUGCCUUGGACAGUUGAUUAAAAUGAGGGAAGCCGAAAUGGUUUGUAACGAGGACAUCAGUGAUACAGAGCACCAGCUUGCAGAACUCGUGAAACGUUUGGAAAGCAUUGAAAAGAAAUGCAACGUUCUUACACUAGAGCAGCUGUCGAUUGAUGUUGAAGAACGACCGGCUAAGCAAUUGUCUCAGCAGGAUGCCGUAGAACCGACUUUGGCUGAUAACACCAAUCAAUUGAACGAACAGAUGCUCAACAGAUUUCUGCGCAAGUAUUGCAAUAUUUAUGUUCAAUUCACCAAUUGCGAUGAUGCAAUUCGGGUCUUUUCGUUAGCGGAUAAUCAAUUUUAUGAAAUCAAUUUGAAGGGAAAUAAUGUGUCUGAUUUGAGAGAAGAGCUUUGGUCUAGUUUCGCUGCUUGCAGCGUACAUUUGAAUGCUUGGGAAAGUAUGUUAUAA